AACAAAAACUGCGAGAUAUGUGGGGAUAAAGGAGUUGGACGAAAUUUUGGUGCCAUUACUUGUGAAUCAUGUAAAGCAUUUUUUAGGCGAAAUUCAUUAAAAAAUAAGAGUUUUAUAUGUAAUAAUUACAAUAAAUGCAACAUUGAUAUUAAAUCUAGAAAGAGAUGUAAAAAAUGUCGACUAAAUAAAUGUAUAUCAAUGGGAAUGAAAAAAGAAUUUAUACAAAAUGAGAUUCAAAAAGAGUUAAGAAAACAGAGAAUUGAAGAAAACAAAAAAAAUAAACAACAGUUAGAAAUCAAUAGUGAAUUUGAGACAAACUUUAAUAAAUUAAAUACAGUUUGCAUUUUAAAUAUUUUCAACAACAAUAAUAAAGUACUUGAAAAUCUAUUGAAAGUCAACAAAAUAAUUAUUGAUACAAUCAAUGAUAGCGAYAAUAAUAAUGACCAAUACUUUUCUAAAUACAAUAUAAAACAACUAUUAUCUGCAACACCUGUGCGACCCAUCAACAACUAUCACYACUUAAAUGAUGUCGAAAACAAACAUUUARAAGAUUUAUGUUUAUCGGGUUCGGUAUUUCGAUACCCGAAAACACAACACUAUAARACAGUUGGAAACAUCACUGAGUUUUAUCGUUUGUGGGGCAAUCGUAUAGAGUAUGAUAUGAGAGAUAUUGUAUCGUUUACUAAAGAUAUUACAAAAACUAUAGAUAUUUGUCAUAAUGAUGAGAUAGCCCUGGUCAAAUUUGGUUGUAUGGAAAUUAUUGUAUUGAGAGCUAAUUUCUUUUUUGAUCAUAAUUUUAAAAAGUGGACUGUUUAUAUGGAUAAUAAUUAUUCAUUUGUAUUGCCAAUGGAUCUAUUAAAAGAUGAAAAGCGUAAUCUCUAUGGUAUGUAUAAACAAUAUUUAAACAAAAUUAUGCCCGAAUGGAAUCAAGAUAAUACAAUAUUAGACCUGCUAACAGCAAUAGUAUUACUCAAUCCUAAACGAUUUUAUAUCGUUGAUAAAAAUAUUAUAAAUGAUCAACGUGAGUGGUAUAUCUAUUUAAUGCAACGUUAUUUACAAACAAAAUAUCAUUGGGAGUGGCAGUGGAGAUCCAAAAUGACAAAUCUUAUGAAUGCUUUGAUUGACCUGAAAAUUGUCAGUCAAAUUGAAAUACAAAAUGGUAUCGAAGGAUAUCUUAAAUAUUUUGGACCAAUUUUUAGAGAGAGUCUCUCUUAA